AUGGGCAGAACACCAUGGUGUACCCAGAAAGCGACUGAUGGCGGCGACCCCUCGCGGCCGGCCUGUGUUAAGCCCGUGUAUUUAUGGCUAGACAUAUGUGAGCAGCGCGCGCUCGCGGCACCAUCAGCAACGGGGGACGGCGCUGCCGCGCCACCAAACUCCAUUUCGCCGCCUAAACUCGUACGCGGCUCAGGCAAUUUUUUAAAUGUACCCGCUCAAAAUAAAUUAUGUAGCGAACUGGGAAGGCGCCGCGGACAAACAACAGAUAAAACGGAUGAACGCGACUCGCGGCCAGAGCGAGACGGCACCAGUCGCUCCUCCCCGGCGCCCCGCGCCGCGCCCGCUUCACCCCCUCCCGCCGUUCAACUUGAAGACGGCCCCGAGAGCUAA